AGAGAGAGAGAGAGAGAGAGAGGAGGUCACUGAGAACCAAAGAGACUGUAUUUUUCCCUUCUUCUCUUCGCUGAGCGACUCACAAGAUUCAGCCAUGGCAGCUCGCAAGAGAGCUUCCGUCUCCUCCGACGAGACCCUCAAGGCCCCGCCCAAACCCGCGGACGCCGCGCCGGUCGAUCCCCCAAUCGCCCCGCCGAAGCUCGGCUUCAUCCUCAAGCUCGCCGCCCUCUUCCUGGUCCCCUACCUCUACCUGAUCGCGCGCCACUUCGACAUCGAUCGGGAGCUCAGGAGGUCGAUCCUCAUCAACGCCGGCCUCAGCCUCGCGGGGUUCUUCGCCACCGUGAGGCUGAUCCCCGUCGCUUCCCGAUACGUCCUGAGGCGCAACCUGUUCGGGUACGACAUCAACAAGAAGGGAACGCCUCAGGGGACCGUGAAAGUGCCUGAGUCGCUGGGUAUUGUUGUUGGGAUCGUAUACUUGGUCUUGGCAAUUGUGUUCCAGUAUUUCAAUUUUACAGCAGAUUCAAAUUGGCUUGUUGAGUAUAAUGCAGCGUUGGCAUCAAUUUGCUUCAUGGUUUUGCUUGGUUUUAUGGAUGAUGUCCUUGAUGUUCCCUGGAGAGUGAAGUUAAUCCUACCAUCAUUUGCUGCUCUUCCUUUGCUGAUGGCCUAUGCUGGACAUACAACUAUUGUCAUACCAAAGCCUCUUAUUCCAUACGUUGGUAUGGAGAUAUUGGACUUAGGAUGGAUUUAUAAGUUAUACAUGGGACUUUUGGCGGUGUUUUGCACAAACUCCAUCAACAUUCACGCUGGCUUAAAUGGUCUUGAAGUGGGUCAAACAGUUGUCAUUGCAGCUGCGAUUCUGCUGCACAACAUUAUCCAAAUUGGAGCAUCGAAAGAUCCCGAGUACAUGCAGGCUCAUGCAUUUUCUAUUUAUCUUGUUCAACCAAUGUUAGCCACAUCCUUGGCUUUACUUUCAUACAAUUGGUAUCCAUCUUCAGUUUUUGUUGGAGAUACAUACACAUACUUUGCUGGGAUGACAAUGGCAGUGGUUGGGAUAUUAGGACAUUACAGUGAAACACUGCUGAUCUUCUUCCUACCGCAAAUUCUGAACUUUUUACUUUCGCUUCCACAGCUAGCAGGAUUUGUCAAAUGUCCAAGGCAUCGUCUACCUAGGUUUGAUCCUCAGAGUGGACUACUGACUGGCACCAAUGAUGGGACACUAGUCAAUUUCUUUCUAAGAGCAUUCGGCCGGAAAACAGAAAAGUCACUUUGCAUCCUUCUUCUUCUGUUCCAGGCCAUGGCAUGCUGCUUCUGUUUCUUGUUGAGGUGGGUACUUACUGGAUGGUACAAGUAGAGUGGUGGGAUAUGAGUUGUGCAUUACUGGUUCUGCUCAUGAAUUUGUGGAGCUUCACCUCCAAAUGGCGGCACAUGCUGUAUUGUUUGAACUUCAAUCACACAGUAACUUCACCCCCUCAGGGCACGCAGAUAUUCAGGAGAGAUGCCAGAGAUUUAUAGCUUCGAUGGAGUUGAACUUGAUUUUGACACGAGAUGGUUAAAAAGUAUGCUCUCUGACCAGCAUGUUUUGUAUUAGCUUUGUUGAGUUGUUUAAAAUGAGUGCAAAGUUGAAGAGUCUUUGCAAUUCUUAAGCCGCUUGUAACCAUGCUUUUACAGCUCACUUUUAUAGUUGAAGAUAUUGAUUAGUUCUCUUAAGUUUCUUUCUCAAAGCAGUGUCUGAGAUAUGUGAUCGGACAAAUGUAAGAUUUCGGCAGGGUAUUCCGGCAGAAACAUAUAGUAUUUUGACGGAGAAACUGUCUUGUAAUUAGCAAAGAUAGAUACUAAGAUGGGUUCGUUCA